CUCCCAGACACGAGUGUCAGCUGCGAGCGUCAUCACCAGCUCGGGAUCAAACGUGCUGCCGCCUCCUGGACUUCAGGGAGAGUUUGUUAUUCAUUCCUGGGGUCACUUCUGUCGUCCCUCCGACUCCACCGAUGCGGCUCCGCAGGAAACAGUUUCAGGUGGCUUGUUUUGAGCAGAUGUGUUAUUGUAUCUGGUCUGAUCCAGGAAGAGACAGAAAAAAAAACAGCUUUUGUCCUUUGCAGGAACAUUGUUUUUCUUGGCCAAAGCGGCUGAUUCCGAAAGGACAGCUGAUAUUAAGUUCAUUAAACACCAAGAACAACCAGAGACAUUUGGCACAAUGAGAUUAUGAAAUAAAAAGAGCAGUCUAGAUGUUUAACAGUGGUCUGCAUUGCUUGACAGGGUUUGAUGUAAUGUAUGAAGGAAGGAGGAGCUCAGGCUGCCUCUGGAGAUGUGUGAUUCAGUGUGAUGCACCGUUAACUUCUGGAGCUUUUCUGGGGAGGGUCCGGAAAGAGUCACAGCACUGGAAGUGUGUCUUAUAAACACAGCUCCCUCUCCGAGUCCUGGCAGAAGUGUAAUCUCUGACUAUUCAUAACAAACUUUUAGUAUCACAGCCAUCUGAAGUUCUGUCUCAUUCCCACAACCGGACCUCAGAGAUGUACAACAGCAGCUACUCCCGGGCCACUGUGGGACUGGAGACCAAAAAGAUCCACAAGGCGAAGAAGGGGAAAAGCUGCGGCUACUACAUGAGGAUCCUCUUCUUCUUCUCGUCUCUGAUCCAGUCCCUCAUCAUCGUCAGUUUGGUGCUCUUCCUCGUGUACGGCCAGCCAGAGAAGACGGCCGAGGAGAAGAGAGUGGAAGAGCUGGAGCUGGCCUUCAACAAGAUCUCUGCAGACAACACCAAACUCAGAAAAGACAACGCUGACCUCACCGGUUCCCUCAAAGCAAAGACUGGAGAGAAGGAAGCGGCGGAUAAAGAGAUAACAAAGCUGAAAAAUGACUUAACGAUCAAGACCAGUAGCUUUCAGAAGUCACUCGCUGCUUGUGAGGCCAGUAAAGCAAAGGUCCUAAGCACUCGAAAUCCUCCACCUUCAUGUCCACCAAGCAACAACAAUCAGAAUGGUGAAAUAAAAACUCUAAACAGUGCUCUGCAACAGCAGAGAGAACUAUAUGGAAUCCUUAUGAGUAACUUCAGCCAAACGACGAAGUACCUUAAAAUAGACUUGGACAAUGCAGUGAAGGAGAAAAAUGAACAUCACAGCCAGGUGACACAACUGAGGAAAGAAAACAUGAACUUGAAAUCCCAGCUUGACUUGUACACCAAGAAAUGCAAAGAAGACUUUGCAGAGUCCCUCAAAGGCAUCCAGACGGUCACAAGUGCCUUCCUGACCAAAAUCGACAACUUCUUCACCCACUCGGUCACGUUUCACCUCACCUGCACGAAACAGGAAGAGCAGAUGGGAAGGAUUCGCUCCAACUGCACCAGUCUCUCUCGACAGGUGGAGGACAAGUUCCAGAGCUACCUGGACAUCGUGGGAGCGAAGGUCUCCAGCAUUCAGAAACAGAGCAGCCGGUUGGAAGUAGAGAACGUGGAACUGACUUCAGAACUGGACAAGUGCAAAGCGGAUCAGAAGAAAGAGGCUGGGGAGAGCAGCAAAAAACUGCAGGAUGCCCAACAGAAGUAUGACAGGGAGCAGAAGCAGCUUCUCGAGGAGAAAAGCAGACUGAGGAACGACAAAGAGCAACUCGAAAUCCAGCUGCGAAACGGCUGCACACAACAGCUCAAACCUGCUGGUCAACCCCCUGGCAUGGCCACAUCUGGAAGGGGCCGUUAACCACUAAAGGCUGGGUGUGGAGAAGGGAGUGAUCUGAAUCUCAAGGCCGGACUCUGAGUGUCUUGUGUGUGGGAGUUUCCUGAUUUUGAGCCUGUGAUCUCUUCUGUAAAUACUGUUGUCACUGUGGAUCCCUGUAAAUGUACGUGCACUCUAAUGUUAAGUUCUUUGUAUAGUUGUAUUUAAGCAUCAUGGGCUGUGAGCUUGCAUGACAUGAUAUAUCUACUUCAUCUAGGUCUCAGUUAUUUAGAGUGGUGCAGACCUAAAAAUGUGAGACUGCCUUUCUACAAAGCACACAGUUGAUAUUAAAUACAUGACUUUGUUAAAUACUAAGAGAAUCUGAUUCUGUGAAACCUCCGUGUGUUGUGAUGUAUAUAAUGCUCUUUACACAUUAAUUGUGUUACAGUGAUUGUUCGAACCAGUUUUAAUGUCCUUUUUACUGUUUGUGUUUUCUAAAUAUUUUGUUCUUUCUAAUAUGUUGAUCAGUCUGUUUUGAAUAAAUAAACACUCAUCAAAAUCAA